AUGUGUGUGUUGGGGGGUUUGGGGUGGGGGGGGUUGGGUGUUGGGUGGGGGGUGUUGAUGUGGGGUGUGUUUGGUUAUGGGGGGGGGGGGUGGGGGUGGGGGGGGGGGGUGGUGUUGGGUGGGGGUGGGGUGGGGGUUUUGUAUGGUUGGGUUGGUUGGGGGAGGAGGGGGGGGUUGGUUGAUGGAUUAUGUUUGGGUUGGGGGGGUUUUGAUGGUAUUGGGUGUAUUUUUUUGGGGAGGGGGUUUAUUGUUGGGGUUUGUGUAUUGGGUUUGUUUUGGGUUGGGGUUGUGGGGGGGGGGGGUUUGUUUGGUGGGGGUGGGGGGAUUGUAUGGGGGGGGGUUGUGUGUUUGUGGUUUGGUGUGUUUGGUGGUUUGGUUUGGGUUGGGGGGGUUGGGUGGGUUGGGGGUGGGUUGUGGUGGGUGUUGGUGUGUUGGGGGGGUGGUGGUGUGGGUUGGGGUGGUUGUGGUGGUUUUUUGGUUGUGGUGUGGUGGGGGGGGUUGUGUUGGGUUUUUUGGGGUGGGGGGGGGUUGGGGUGGGGGUGGUUGGGGGUGGGGGGUUGGUUGGGUGUGGGUGGGGGGGUGGGGUGGGGGGUGGGGUGUGGGGGGGGGGUGUGUGGGGUGUAUGGUUUUGGUGGGGGGGGUAGGUUGUGGGGUGGGUUUUGGGGUGUUUUUGGGGGGGGGGUGGGUGUGUGUUUUGGUGGGGUGUGUUUAGUGUGUUGGUUGUGGUUGGUGGGGUGGGUGUGGGGGGUUUGUGGUUUGUGUGGUUUGGGUGGGGUGUGUGGGGGGGGUGUGUGGGGGUGUGGGGGGUGGUUUGUUGGGGUUGGGGGGUUUGGGUGGGUGGUGGGGGGGGGUGGUUGGUGUGGUGGUUGUGUAGGUUUUGAGGUGGGGGGGUUGGUUGUGGUGGGGGUGUGGUGGGUUGGGGGGGGUUGGUGGGUGGUGUGUGGGGGUGGGUGUUGGGGUGGUUGGGUGGUUUGGUGUGGGGUGGUUUUUGUGGGGGGGGGGGGGGGUGGUGGGGUUUGGGUGUUGGGGGGGUGUUGUGGUGGUGUGGUUGGUGGUUGGGGGUUGGUGGGUGGGGGGGGGGGGGGGUUGUGGUUGUGGGUUUUUGUGGUUGGGUGGGGGGGGUGGUUUGGUGGGGGGUGUGUGUGUUGUGGUGGUGGGGUUGGGGGGUGUUGGGGGGGGUUGUGGUGGUGGGGGGUGGGUGUGGUGGGUGUGUUUUGUUGGGGGUAUGUUGGUGUUUGGGAUUGGGGUUGGGGGGAGGGGUUGGUGUGGGUUGGUGGGGGGGGGGGGUGGGGGGGGUGUUUGUUGGUGGUUUGGUGGGGGGGGUGUGUGGGGGUUGGGUGUGUUUUGUUGUUUUUAGGUUUGGGGUGUGUUUGUUGUUGUUGUGGUGGGUGGUGUUGGUGGUGUGUGGGGUGUAUGUGGGUUGUUAUGUUGUGGGGUGUUUUUGUUGUGUUGGGUGUUUUGGUGUGGGGGGGGGUUGUGGGGUGGUUGGGGGGGUGUUUGGGGGGGUGGGUGGGGGGGUUGUGGUUUUGUUGUUGGGUUGGGUUGGUUAGGGUUUGGGUGGUUGUGUGGGUUGGUUUGGUGGGGGGGGUGUUGUGGGGUGGUUUGGGGGGGGGGGGGUGGGGGGUUGGUGGGGGUGUUGGGGGGGGUGGGGGGUGGUGGGGUGGGUUGGUUGGUUGGUUUGGGUUUGGUUGUGGGGUUUGUUUUGGUGUUUGUGUGGGGGUGGUGUUUGUUUGGGUUGUGGGGGUGUGGUUGGGUGGGUUUGGUUUGGUGGUGGUUUGUUGGUGGGGGUGGUGGGUGUGUGGGUGGGGGGUUGGGUUUUGGUUGUGUUUAUGGUGUUGUGUGUUUGUUUUUGUGGUUGUUGUUUUGGGGUUUGUUGUAGGGUGUGUUGGGGGGGGGUUUGGGUUUUUUUGUAGUGGGUGGGUUGUUGUGUUGGUGUGUGUGUUGGGUUGGGGUGGUGGGGGGGGGAGGGGGUGGGGGGGGGGGGGGGUGGUUGGGGGGGGUUUUGGUUGGGUGUUGGGUGUGGGUUGGGGUUUUGGGGUGUGUGUAUGGGUUGGGGGGUUGUAUGGGGUGUGUUGGUGGUUGGGGAGGGGGUGGGGGGGGGGGUGGGGGGUGGGGUGGUGGGGGGGUGGGGGGUGUAGUGUGGGUGGUGUGGGGGUUGUUGUGUGUGUUGUGUUUUUUGUUUGUUGUGUUGUGGGGGUGGUGGGUGGUGUGGUGUGGGGGGGGGGGGUGUUUUGUUUGGGAUUUUUGUUUUGGGUGUGUGUGAUUUGGUUGGGGGGGGGUGUGUGGGUGGGGGGGAUUGGGGGUGGUUGUGUGGUUGGGUUGUGUGUGGGUGUGUUGUGUUUGGGUGUGUUGUGGGAUUGGUUGUUAUGUUGGUGGGUGUUGGUGGUGGUGGGUGUGUUUGGGUGGUGGGGGGUUGGGGGGGGUGUUGUGUUUGGGGGGGUUGGGGUGUGUGGGGUUGGUUGGUUUGGGUGUGUUGGGGGGGGGUGGGGGGGGGGGGGUGGGUGUUGGGGGUUGGGGGUGGGGGUUGGUGGAUGGGGGUUGGGGUUUUGGGGGUUGGGGGGUUGGGGGUUGGGGGUUGGGGGGUGGGGGUUGGGGGUUGGGGGGUUGGGGGUUAGGGGGGGGGGGUUGGGGGUUUGGGGGGGUUGGGGGUGGGGGGUUGGGGGGAUGGUGGUGGGGUUGGGGGUUGGGGGGUUGGGGGGUUGGGGGGGGGUUGGUGGGUGGGGGGGUUGGGGGGUUGGGGGUUGGGGGGGUUGGGGGUUUGGGGGUUGGGGGGUUUGGGGGUGGGGGGUAGGGGGUUUGGGGGGUUUGGGGUUGGGGUGUUGGGGUUUUGUGGUUGGUGUGUGGGUUUGGGUUUGUGUUGUGGUUUUGGUUGUUGGUUGUUGUUUGUGUGUGUGGGUGGGUUGUGUGGUGGUGGGGUUGUUGUUGUGGGUGUGUUUUGGGUGUUGUGUGUUGGGUGUGGGUGUGGGUUUGUGGGGGGGGGGGUUGUGGGGGUGGGGUGUGGUUUGUGGGUGGGUGGGGGGGGGGGGUGUGUGGGGGGGUGGGUUGGUGUGGGUGUGGGGGGUGGGUGUGUGGGUUGGUUUGUUUUGUGGUGGGGUUUGGUGUGGGGUUUGGUGGUGGGGUUUGGUGGUGGGGUUGGGGUGGUGGGGUUGGUGGUGGGUUUGGUGGUGGGGUUUGGUGGUGGGUUUGGUUGGGUGUUGGUGUGGGGUUUGGUGUGGUUUGGUGGUGGGUGGUGGUGGGUUUGGUGUGGGGGUUUUGGUGGUGGGGGUUGUGUGGGGGGGUUGUGGGUGUGUGUGGGUGGGGUUUGUGGUGGGGGGGGGUGGGGUGGGGGGGGGGGGGGGGUGGUGGGGGGGUGGGUGUGGGUGGGGUGGGGGGUGGGGGUGUUUUGGGGUGGGUGGGGGUGGGGGUGGGGGGGUGGUGGGGGGGUGUGGUGUUGGGGUGUGUUGGGUGGUGUGUGGGUGGUGGUGGUGGGGGGGGGGUGUGGGGGGGGGUUGGGGUUGUGUGUGUGGGGGGUUGGUGUGUGGUGGUGUGGGGUAG